AUGGCGGCGGUGUGUGCACUCAGUGACGUGCCGUGCGACGACACGACAAGUGACGUGCCGUGCGACGACACGACAAGUGACGUGCCGUACGACGUAACGACAAGUGACGUGCCGUGCGACGACUCGACAAAUGACGUGCCGUGCGACGACUCGACAAGUGACGUGCCGUGCGACGACACGACAAGUGACGUGCCGUGCGACGUAACGACAAGUGACGUGCCGUGCGACGACACGACAAGUGAAGUGCCGUACGACGUAACGACAAGUGACGUGCCGUGCGACGACACGACAAGUGACGUGCCGUGCGACGUAACGACAAGUGACGUGCCGUGCGACGUAACGACAAGUGACGUGCCGUGCGACGACACGACAAGUGACGUGCCGUGCGACGACACGACAAGUGAUGUGCCGAGCGACGACACGACAAGUGAUGUGCCGAGCGACGUCACGACAAGUGACGUGCCGUGCGACGACACGACAAGUAACGUGCCGUGCGACGACACGACAAGUGACCUGCCGUGA